AAGCACCAGCUUGGCCACACUUUGUGCUGUCUUCUCCAUAUCUCAGGGAAACAAGAUGUGGACACCCUUUCUCAAAGGAAUUAUACCGAUAUCACUCAUCUUAACCAUUGGCCAUGCUGGACCUUCAUUCCACAUUAUUGCCCCAAGCAAUAUACUUACUGACAUGGACACAACACUUGCUGUGCACUGGUUUGGUGAACACUUGGAAAUCAAUGUAACUGCGUCAAUUACACCUUCAGAUAACAGAGAAGAUGUUUUAGUUAGGAAAAGUGAACUAUUCUUUAAUGAUUCUAUUGGAAUGCUGACACUUCCUAAACUACCAAACCAAACAGCAUCAUAUUAUAACCUGAUCGUACAAGGAACACAGGAGUAUCAGCUGCUAUUCUACUAUGAAAGCAUGUUAGGGUUGAUACAGAGGAGUAUUUUUUCUGUCUUCACACAGACAGACAAAAUUACCUACAGACCAGGAGAAACAGUUAAAUUCCGUGUUGUGGCAGUAGAUUAUGACUUACGGCCAUACAAUGGACAAGUUGAUAUUAUUAUAAUGGAUUCAAAUGAAAAUAUUAUUCAUCAGUGGUUGAAUUUCCAGCUUUACUUGGGAGUAGCGUCUUUGGAGCUAGGGCUUGGUAAAUUUUCUACACUUGGCUCCUGGAAAAUUAAAGUAGAAACAAAGAACUCUUCAAAUAUUGAGUACUUUGUUGUCGAUGAAGAAGUUUUGCCAAAAUUUGAUGUCACAAUGAAGGUUCCUUCUGUUUAUAUUGACCCACAACAGCCAGGUAUUUCCGGAACAGUCACGGCAAAGUAUGCAUAUGGAAAGCCAGUGGCAGGCAAUGUAACAGUAUCUUUAGUACCAGCAUAUUAUUAUGGGAUUUCAUAUGAGGUUAACAAAACUUUUGAGAUUUUUGGAUCGGUAAAUUUCAGCAUACCACACAUGGAAUUGCUGAACGUAUUCAUGUGGGGCGAAGUAAAUAUAACAGUCUCAGUUACAGAGGAGUUGACAGGUAUCAAAAUCAAUACAUCCUCAAGUAUUACAAGAGUGUAUUCUGAGUACAUAUUUAUGCUACGUGACAACAGUGGACAGUUUAUUCCUGGCACAAAUUUCACCUCUAAGAUAAAAUUCAUACGAGUGGAUCAGGAGCCAUUGUCAGCUGAAGAAAAAGAAAGCAACAUUUCUGUGAAUAUAACCCAAUCUCCUUAUUACUGGUGGUACGGUUUCAACCUUCCUGAUAACUUUGUUCUUCAGCAAAAUAUCAAACCGCAAAAUGGCAUUUGGAGAAUAGAGUUUGAAGUGCUUCCAAAUACUGUAAUGAUUAUACUUCAGGUUGAGUAUCGGAAUAACACUCAAACGUGGUACUUGUACAAAUCAUAUGGAAUGAACACUUACAUCCAGAUUAAAGAUCCACAUUCACCCAUAACGGUUGGAACUCCCUUUCAAUUGGAGAUUGAUGCCUACCCUGCAGAAGUGGAAGAGCUAUUUUAUGUGGUUAUGGCUAAAGGUCUGAUUGUGUCUGCUGGGAAGCAAAACAGGACCUCAUUCAGCCUCACUCCAGAGCACUCCUGGGCUCCCAAUGUCAAUCUCAUCCUUUACUUUUACAAUAAUAAUGAAUAUGGUAAUAUUGUACAAACCUCUUACAUGUUUCCUGUAAAAGGCUUGUUUCAGAAUAAGGUUACUUUAUCCUGGAGUGAAAGCAUUACAAAACCAUCAAAAAAUGUGUCUUUAUCCAUUAAUGUGAAAGAAAGCCAUGCUUUGGUGGGGCUGAAGAUAAUUGAUAAACGAGCCAAUCUUUUUGAAGAUGGAAGUAACUUUUCUCCAAACACAGUGGAAAAAUCUUAUACGAGCUACACCCAGCCUUGGGGAUACAAUACUUUGACUGAUGCAAGGAUAAGCACAUACUAUUUAUCACAUGAAGAUUUGCAGCCAACAGAUUUAGGCAUAAAACCACCAUCACCAUCAAAUCCAAAUAUUGGGGCACUGUUUGAUAAAACCUGGAUAUGGCUAGAAGCAAACAUCAGCUCUGGGAAUACUUUUAAUCUACCACUAUCUGUUCCUGACACAAUGACAUCAUGGUUGGCCAGUGCAUUUGUUCUUUCCAACACACUUGGAUUGGGAUUUACCGAUAAACCAGCUGAGCUCCAAGUAUAUCAGGAUGUGUCUCUCACGCUGAAUCUCCCUUAUUCCGUAAUUCGAGGUGAAAUAUUCAUUCUGGAAGUUAUGUUAUUCAACCAUUUGAACAAAACAAUAGAGGUUCUUGUUUCUGUGCAGCCAAGUGACUCAUUUGAAGUUGUAGAGUCCAAUAAUGCAAGUACAGUAAGCCAACAGACUCUGGAUAUUCCCAAUAUGGAAGGAAAAACUUGCCUGUUUCCUAUCAGACCAAAAAUAUUGGGAGAGAUCCUAGUAACAGUUAAAGCCAUUUCCAAAGGAGCAGCUUCUGACAUUGUUACUGGGAAAGUAAUAGUAAAGGCUGAAGGAGUGAAGAUGUAUCAUUCACAGUCUGCCAUUUUGGACUUAAAAACCACCACCGGUCCCAAUUUCCCCCUUACAAAGCAAUUAUCAUUUACUUUCCCCCCUGAUGUGGUGGAAGGAAGUGAGGAGGCAUAUAUAAAUAUCAUUGGUAAUCUUCUUAUACCUUCAAUUGAUGGCCUGGAGUCUCUGAUACAAAUGCCAUGUGGUUGUGGUGAACAAAACAUGAUUUACCUUGCCCCAGACAUCUAUGUUCUUCAGUACUUAGAAGCUACUAACCAAGCAACGGAAUACAUAAGAGCAAGAACCAUACAGAAUAUGCAACAAGGCUAUCAAAAUGAAUUAAAUUAUAGGAGAAGCGAUGGUUCAUUUAGUGCAUUUGGAAACUCUGAUUCUUCUGGAAGUACAUGGCUCUCAGCUUUUGUGUUUAGAUGUUUCCUUCAGGCUCGGCCAUUCAUAUAUGUCAAUCCUGAUGUUUUGAAUCAAACAGUGGCUUGGCUAAUUCAGUACCAAGAUAUGAACACGGGUAUAUUCUCUGAGCCUGGGCGUGUUAUUCAUUAUGAACUCCAGGGUGGGCUGAAUGGUCCUGUCACCCUCACUGCUUAUAUUCUGACCUCACUGUUAGAAGAUGACUAUUACAGUCAUCGUUAUCAGUCAAACAUUAAUAAAGCUGUCCAAUAUCUUGAGAAAAAGUUUGAUGAAGGGAUUUCCAGCAAUUAUACCUUAUCAGUUGUUGCGUAUGCAUUAACACUGGCUAACAGCACCAAGGCACAUGCUGCCCUGGAUCAGCUCAGUUCAAGAGCUACAAUUAAGGGAUCAUCAAAGUACUGGUCCUCACCUCUUGAAAACACAUUCUACUAUUGGAUGCCACAGACAUCAGAUAUUGAAACUGCAGCAUAUGCUUUGCUUUCCUACUAUCAUCAGAAUAAGAUUGAAGAUGGAAUUCUUGUCAUGAAAUGGCUGGGCCAGCAAAGGAACCACCUUGGUGGUUUUAUAUCCACACAAGACACAAUUAUGGCUUUACAGGCUCUGUCCAAAUUUAUGCUUCUUGCCCCAGCUAAUGAAACAUCACUCACGCUCUCUGUUACUGGGUUAAAUGCAAGGAAGCCAGAAGUAUUUCAGGUCAACGGUGAAAAUCUCAUGGUUUUACAAAGCAAGCAGAUUGAAGUUUCCCAACCACUUUUAAUCAAUGUUACUGCUCUUGGAAGAGGACUGGCUGUUGUACAGCUUAAUGUAAUAUAUAACCUAAAAGCAACCUCCAGGCAUAGGAGUGCUGCCAUAUCAGAAGCUUUCUCGUUAAAAGUCUCAGUGGAAGAAGACACACAGAGCACUGAUCAUCUUUCUGCAGAAAUAUGCACAAGCUAUCUGGGGAAAUUUAAUCAAAGUGGCAUGGCCAUCCUAGAAGUUGAAUUUGUAAGUGGAUUUUCCAUGAGCCCGGAAGGAAUCCCUAUCAGUGAAUUAAUUAAGAGAGUUGAGACCCAUAAUGAGGGAGUUCACAUUUACCUUGAUUCGGUGACAGCAAAGCAAGUAUGUGUUCCUGUCUCAAUGAUACGGUCUUCAAAAGUAGCCAGCUCCCAAGAUGCAUUGGUCAAAAUAUAUGAUUAUUACAACCCAAGUAGCUCUGCCUCAAGAACAUAUAAUUUGAAGUCAACUGACAUAUGUGAUGUGUGUGGUACAGAAUGUGUUUUUUGUAAGACUGAUGAUUCUUGGGAUGAUCACGAAGAAUUUAACAGUGCCACUUCACCUGGAUUGUCCUUCUUCUGGUUUUGCAGUGUUCUAUUGUUGGUUAUUUUUUAACAGUAAUGCUCAACAAUUUUUUUUAUUCAUGUAUAAUUUAUGCUUACCCUAAAAUAAACCUAAAGAUGAACUUUAGGCAGGCAUAAAAGACACACAAAUAUUGCAGGAAGUAUCAGGACAAGGAGCCAAUCUGUUCACAUGCUGACAAGAAGCAUGCGGAUAGGAAGAGAAAGCAGAGAGAUGACUUUAUCACUGUAUGACUUCUCCUUUUACAGGCUGGGGUGGGUUAAGGACAACCUGGGAUCCAAUGAAGUAGAUUGAAUAAUAAUGGCUACUGGACUGAGGAUAUUUAUUGUAAAGAAAAAAAAAUGUACUGUAGAUUAAAUCUCUAGAUUAAUGGUAAAUAAUGUUGCAAAAACUGAUUUUAUUUUUUACCAGGCUACUCAUUUUUACAGAGCGGGAAAUGGGUAAAGCCUUUGUUGUGUCCUUUUUGAUAAUUGUGUCCUUUUUGAUGCAGCUUCCCCUCAUUUCCUGUCUAGGCUUUGUUGUUGUCCAGAACAGGAAAUGGGGAUAAAUCUCCCUAGUGCAGAACCAACAACAAUAGCGUGAUGGAACUCAGCCACACUUCACCCAGAACUUAAAAAAAGACAGUCUGUGCUGGACUUCCACUUUAAUUCAGAACUCCAAGCAUACAGCUAAAUGUUUUUAUCCCAAAUCGUCAUACGAUUACACAGCUUUAUCACACUGCUGACAUCCUCUCUGUGUACUUUUUCUAUAUCUAAAAAUUUUCCUUCCAGCUCCCAGUGGCAGUGACAGAAAUAUGUCAGAUUUACAUAAUUCUGCAAUGCACUGUGUCUGAUUGGUUCACAAAAAAUAGCCACCCAUGCUUAGUUUGAUGUCUACUAUGUUGAAAAUUAUUGUAAAAAAAUCCAGAUUAUGUAGCAUUUUACAGUUUAAUGAACACAUACAUUGGCUAAAUGGGGUAUGUUUUAACUGCCUGUAGUUCUUCUUUAUUCUUUAGUUACUGUGAUGUGCUGCUCCUUUAUUUGGUUCACAUGCACACUUGUAUAGAUAAUGGUUUCUCUUAUAGAAGCAUAUUGUUAUUGAACUUCAUUAAUAAAUGUGUGUUUCUGCA